UCAUACAUCUGGUCAGGUGAACAUCAUCUUACUGGAAUAAACUGCGGAUGGAUUUCUCUCCGAUGGAUUAAUCUGCGUCAGAAUGAGAAGAGACACACCAGACCAGUUUUUAGGAACUACAGACAGAUCUGUGUGAUGGCUGACAGUAUGAAGACUCAGCUUGUAAGCGCCAUCCAUCUGCAGGAGGUGGAGCUGCAAGAGAAACCAGGAGACAGACAGACGGACAGCGACGCAAACGGCAAUGAAGAGCAGACGUACAGCGUGGAGGAGGCCGUGGAGACCAUCGGCUUUGGACGUUUCCACAUCCUGCUGUUUGUCAUCAUGGGCAGCUGUAAUAUCAUAGAAGCCAUGGAGAUCAUGCUGCUCGCCGUCGUCUCUCCUGAGAUUCGAUGUGAGUGGCGUUUGGAAGACUGGCAGGUGGCCCUCGUCUCAACGAUGGUGUUUCUGGGCUUCAUGUUGUGUGGCGCUCUGGGUGGAUACAUCUCUGACAGAUAUGGACGUUGGACGGUGGUGUUUAUAGGUUUUGUGUGGAGCGCCUACUUCUCCCUCCUCACGUCCUUUGCACCAUCAUAUGGUUGGUUCAUCUUCCUGCGCAGCAUGGUGGGCUGCGGGGUGGCCGGCGUUUCACAGGGGUUCGUUUUGAAGACGGAGUUCAUUCCUGCAAAGCAUCGAGCUUUUCUGCUGCCUCUAGCCUCUGUCUUCUGGAUGAUAGGCUCCAUGCUGAUCAUCAUUCUGGGGAUGUUGGUGGUUCCCACACUCAGUUGGAGGUGGAUGAUCCGCAUCUCCAUCACCCCCAGCGUCAUCCUCAUCUUCCUCUUCAAGUAUAUUCCAGAGUCGGCGCGGUACAACGUGUCAGCAGGGAAAGUUCAGGCCGCCGUUGACACCCUGCAGUGGAUCGCUAAAAUGAACAGGGUAUCUCUUCCCCCAGGACGCCUGGUGGAGCCAGUUGUGAAUGAGAGAGGCAACUGGAAGAUACUGCUCAGCCCAGCGUUCAGGAGGACGUCUGUGCUGCUCUGGUAUUCAUGGUUUGUGGCGUCUUUUGCGUAUUAUGGCUCAGUGCUGAGCAGUUCAGAGCUUUUAGAGAAGAACUUGUUGUGUGUGACAAAUGCCGACAAAGAUCAUCAUGUCAAACACCACCAAGAGGACGGGCUGUGUUACUGCAUCCCCUUUGCACUCAGUGACUACCAGACACUGCUCAUCAGCUGUCUGGGAGAAGUUGCACUUGUCCCUCUAAACAUUGGCUUGCUCAACUUGCUCGGGCGUAAAAUGAGUCUGACGGUGGUGCAGCUGCUGGCGGCCAUUAUAUUCAUGAUGAUCAACGUCUGCACCACCAUGUCUGGGUUCGUAGUGCUGCUAUUCCUGCUGCGGUCUCUGGUCUCCAUGAACUUCAAUGUGGUUUAUAUUUACACGGCAGAGGUGUAUCCCACAGUGGCUCGGUCUCUAGGGAUGGGCUUCUGUACAUCUUUCAGUCGGAUCGGAGGGAUGAUUGCUCCGUUUAUCGCUCAGGUGCUUAUGUCUCAGUCUGUGAUUCUGGCUCUUACUCCAUUCACUGUGGCCUGUGUCAUCUGCGCUUUGGGAAAUUUCCUGUUACCAAUAGAAACUAGAGGCCGGGCUCUACUGCAAACCUCCUGAUGUCAACAAAAUAAAUACCUGACUGUGAAGUUUUUAAAAUAUUUUUUUUGGUUUGGAAUAUUAAAGUAGGAUCCAUAUCAUUGUCAUCAUUUUUAAUAUUAAAGAUGUUAUAUGAUCAGUUGUAGUGGCUUUAUUAUUGC